GGCUCUAUCAGAUGUUCCAAGCGCACGACGUCGAUUCCUGUGGCCGGUUGGAUCGGGAAGCGCUUCUGAAACUGUGCCAUACGCUGGAACUGCAGGAACGCAGCCAACAGUUAGUGCAGUAUGUGUUGCUCAGCAAAGAUAGGCAACGUGCUACAUUCAAAGAGUUUCGCGAGGGUUUACUGUACAUCCUGAACGACGACGAGGAACAUCAUCAAGGUGCCGGCAAAUGUGAUGUUGGCACGGGUGAAGUCGAGCAGCGAACCGGCAGCAACAGCAGCACAGAUGCGACUGAAAAUGGCCAGAACAUUCCGUCAGAAUCGCCCACGGCAGCAACUUUAUCGAGUGGAGGCGGAAGUGAUAAUUCAAAUGCAGCAACGAGCCCGACUAGUAUAAGACUCUCAUCGAAGAAACGGCCUCCACACCUAACCUGUCGAAUUAGUAACUCAUCAUCGCCAACUAAUGCGGCCGUAGUAGAAACGGCCGAUGGCCAAUCGGUGAUCAUUGGAAGUGGCAACCAGAAAAAGAUGGCACCAUCAGGGGAUUCGGUAUCAUCGACUAUGCAGCUCCCCACAACAACAACGGGUCAGCAUUCCGAUAAUGAUGAUGAGCACGUAUCAUCAGAUCGGGAAGUGUCGCCCAAGUUUGUGGUUGGGACGAAAAAAUACGGCCGUCGAUCGCGUCCCCGAACCGAUGACUGCAACGGACUGGACAGUGGCUCGGAUGUCAGCAACUCGGACAAUGAAUCCGUUCCCCAACAGCAGCAGCAGCAGCAAAGCUCCACCGAAGAUGGUAAAAACAAUUCCUCCAAACAAGUGCAGCGAUCCGCAUCCCAGAGCGAUAUACACGGUUCUAAACGAAAGCGCCCCCUAGGCGUCAACAGGCUGAAACGGUGUGCCUCUCUACCGACUCAUCGACAGCGGCCAGACCUUGUUAAUCGAACGCUCAUAAACACGAAAAACGUUCGCGAUCAGCUGAACAUGGAUGAGACGAUCGAUAAAAAGAUUUACUUUAUGCGUUUGUCGGAAAACCUGCGGGAGGUCUGGGACUCGCUCCUGGAUGGCGGCCACGGAGAUCUGCUUAAUCGAGGCCAGUUGGAGGUGGUCUGCGAACGGGUUGGCCUGCAGAAGCUUCCAGCUAAGCUCGCGGCCCAGGAAGUGUUCACCAAACUUUCCCUCCAGCCGAUCGAGGGUAUCAGCUUCGAUGAGUUCAUAUCGCUGCUACAAAGUGAUUCCGAUAUUUUACCGAUUGGGGGCGGCAUCAACAACGGGGGCAUUGAGGGUGGCGGAGUUUCGCCGAUGCGCCGCUUGUACGACGAAAGUGACACCUUCAAGGCUCAGGAGUUGGAUCGCGAUAGCGUCGAGGAAACGGUCGGUUUUACGGUUCGAAUGCCCGAUUGGACGGCGGAAAUCGGUUCCCUGUCGGCGGCCAUCAUCCUGGACAUGUGGGAAUCGGCGGGCAUCGUGGAACCGCGGGCUCUGCUGCACGAGCUCGGGUUCUACGGAGCGGAAAUUCAGGUGGCCGAUCUGGUGACUGCCCUAGAGGACGAACAGCAGCGGCUCGGCGAUGGUGGUGAUACCUCGUCGAUUAUGCGCAAAGGAUAUAAAACGAUCCUAGUUAGGAGAGCUUGAAUCCGGAUUCGAAAAGAAUGAGGACGGUGAUUAUUUGUGAGCUAAAAAUUAUCUUAUUACGUCCUGGGUGUUUCAGUGAGGAUUUUUUACUGGGUAAGUGUUUUUUAUUUAGACAAGUCUUCAACAGUCCAAUUGAAUUUUCAAAUUAUGAAAGUAAUCAGUUUUUAAAGAUUUUGAGUUCUUAUAGUAAAUAUUUAUUUGAAUGUAAAAUGGAUGAGUACCUAUAGUAUUUGAACGUGAAUGUAAAUGUGUAACGAAUAGUAUCUACUUCGUAUUGAUUGGGCUGGAACAAAUAUCAUCCCCCUCUCUCCCUUGCGAUGUUCCAACUCCGCAAUUGCAUUUAAAUGCAAAAUAAUAUUUCGAUGUGGUUACAUUAUUUUAUCACCAAAUUUACUUACUACAACAACCCCAAAUAAGAAAAAUUAUUGCUAUCAGGAAAUCAAAAUAGAAUCUGGCCGUCUAGCUAUUAUAAUUUCAAUGUAUAUGCGACAGCAUAGAAAGUUAUAAUAAUUAUUUGUUUUUCAGAUUUUGUUGACGGAGAUGUCUGAAACAUCGUGGUGACACUGCAUGCCUCAAGUACGCGAUGAUGGAAGAAACUGGAAAACUUCCCGAGAUGAAACUUAUGGUAAUAGCUAUUUCUAUGUAUGUUUAUAACAUUAGACUAACUUUCUUUUUCUUCUCAGGAACUAACUGACCACCAUGCCGCCAAACUAAUACCGGUGUCAACAUUUUCAAUUGAUCGUGAAAAGAAAAGUCCGAAGAGAUAAGACCCGCAGGGAAAUGCAAGCAAAAAUAAAAAAGAAUAGAAGAUAAAAGCACAUUAAUUCUUAUUUAUUAUAUCCGAGAAAGAAAUCCCGUUCAUAAAAAAUAAUGAAAUUUUAAAUUUUACUCAUUUUCUAGUAAUUAUAUUUAAAAAAAAAGUUGCUAACAUUUUAGCAAACAAUUUUUAUUUUGCUAUACAAUUAGUAAACUUCUAGUCAGGACACUUUUUUGUAUUUUGCUAAAAUUUUAGUUAAAAAAAUUUGCUAAAUUGAUUGCUAAGUACUUAGCUGGUCAAAUUUGAGCAAAAUUUUGCUAAUUUCCGGCCUCGAAAGUUUUG